UUCUCCUUAAAGUAACGUUUCCUUAGCGCCUGCCUUUUGAAAGUUUGUAAUCCUCACCAGACUCACCUGCCUGUCUGAAACCCCCUUGAUCUGUUUUCUAGCCAGGGGGUGGGGGUCAGGCUGAAGAUAAAGUCAGAAGUAAACAGGAUGGCGGACCCCUGCAGGGCCAGGCUUGGGCCGUCACCCCUACAUAGUAAACACAGGUCAGUUUCACCUCUGGUAGUUUCCUCUCUCCACACCACCCAAGACUGGGCUUUUCUAAAGAGGUGCCUGCAAACAGCCAAAGAGUUAACCGCAACAGAGGCCCAGGAGGAAAGGCAGUCAGAGCUGAGUAACAAGAUGAGAUGUGAAACUGAGGAAAAUGAAUAAUAGUUACUGUGAGUUCUGCCUUGCCUUUCCCAGCUACCGGACCCUCAACUAAUGAGAUCAUGGUCAAGAAUCAGGAUCAGGCUCUGCAACCCCCAACAACAUAUAGCCCAAAAAUUACCGUCACACACACACACACACACACACACACACACACACACACACACACACACACACCCUAAUGCUUUGCAGACCAGCCUGGAUUCAAACUCAGCUACCGGACCCUCAACUAAAGAGAUCAUGGUCAAGAAUCAGGAUCAGGCUCUGCAACCCCCAACAACAUAUAGCCCAAAAAUUACCGUCAUGACUAUUUUUCCUACACACACACACACACACACACACACACACACACACACACACACACCCUAAUGCUUUGCAGACCAGCCUGGAUUCAAACUCAGGGAGCCACCUGCCUCUCCCUCGUAUUUAUGCCUCCCCAUGGAUUAGAACUCAUGACCCUCCUGUCUAAGCCUCCUUGACCCUGGAAUUAACAGACUUGAGCCCCCAGGUCUCCACUUCUGAUGGGGUAUCAUACUGAGCCUGUUCUGGACCCCCUCAUCAGAAGCCUUACUCCCCCAUACAGCAACCAGUGUCUCUUCUGCCCGGGAGGUUGUCCCUGUGUGAAAUAUUGGUGGCAUUAUUCUGUGUGAAAAGCCAGUGGUUCAGACAUCCCCUCACUGCAGGCACUGCACCUCAGUGUGCACCUACAUUAGGCAGGUCUCGCCUAGCUCCCCUGGUUCCCUUGCUUUGAGAUGGCCCCUGUGUAGCCAGGCUGGCUUUGAACCCGGGGCAACGCUCCUGCCUUUGCUGGGAUUACAGCACCUCCUUGCUCAUCCAUCUUGACUACAUUCCAUAUGCAGGUUCAAAGGGCUUGGGUCCCAGCUAGCCACGUAGCUUUGACUCCAGCCUCUCUGGAACCUCUCUCCGCUCAUCUGUAAGAUGGGACCACGACGGUGUUUUUGGCUUUCUGCCAGUCUUCACUGUAGCCCAGGCAUCAAACCCAAGAGCCUUGUGAGAGCUAGGCUUGUGACCAUGUCACCCUGCCUAGCUAUGGUGACAGUUCCAAAUGUGUUUCAGUGCGUUUAUUUAUUUCUGUGUAGCUAUACAGGCAUGCAUGCUGGAGGUCAGAGGAAAACCUGAAAGUGGGUUUUGAGGAUUGAACUCAGGUCCUCAAGCUUGUUGGCCAGCACCUUUACCUGCUACCUGGCCCUACAAUGGAUUUUUGUUGUUGUUUGUCAAGACAGGGUUUCUCUGUGUAACUGCCCUGGCUGCCCUGGAACUCACUCUGUAGCCCAGGCUGGCCUCGAACUCACAGAGAUCUGCCUGCCUCUGCCUCCCAAGUGCUGGGAUUAAAAGACGUGCACCACUAUGCCCUGCUUACAGUUGGUUGCAUACCAACCUGGCACAGUGGUACACACCUGUAACCCCAGUACUUGGUAAGUACAGGCAAGAGGAUCAGAAGUUCAAGGUCAUCCUCAGCUACGCAGAGAGUUCAAGGCCAGCCUGUGCUAUGUGAGCUCUUACCUCAAAAAUAAACACAUUGAGGGUUGGUUUUAGCUCCGUGGUAGAGUGCUUGCCUAGCAAGCUCAAGGCCCUGGGUUUGGUCCUUACCUGGGGGUGGGAGGUGGGAGUUGGGGGCGGAAACCAAAAAAAUCACAUACACAUAGGUGUCAGUUCCAUCUCGGCCAUCUCCCCAGUUUGUGACCUUGGGUGUGCUCCUUCCCGUCUCUGAGCCUCAUACCCUCUGUGACACGGAAGGAACAGAGUCCUCAUCUCCAUGCCUGACAGUGGCCUCCAAAGAAUCAUGCUUGUAAAGCACCAGGCACCGUAAGUACUUGUUAGCACUUGUUUGGAUCCAGUUUGUCCAUGCUGUGUGACUCCAGACCAAUGAAGUUCCCUCUCUGAACUUCAGUUACUGGUCUGCGAUCCAGGAUCCUAGCUGGGCUCCCCUCGUGGAGCUGUGAGGAUUCAGUCAGACCAUGGAGGUAACUGUGUGGCAGUGUCUGCCUCACAGUCAGGGCUACUGAGACGAUUAAGGCCGAGCAGGCAGGAUGGGCACAGAGGAUAAAGGCCUUGUCUCCAAGGCUGACAACCUGAGUUCAAGUCUCAUGACCCACGGUGGAAGGAGAGAAUUGACUUCUGAAAUCUGUCCUCUGACCUCUGAAUUUGAUCCCUGGAAUCCACCUGGGAGAAGGAGCCGCCUCCUGCAAGCUGUCCUCUGAGCUCCACAUAUAAGCAGUGGCAUGCCCCCCACUAUUAACUAAAUAAACGUAAUAAAAGAUUAAGCUGGUCGUGGUGGUACAUGUCUUUAAUCCCAGCACCUGGGGAGGUAGAGUCUGAGGGUUUGAGGCCAGCCUGGUCUACAUAGCAAGUUCCAGGACAACCGGGGAUACAUAGUGAGACUCUAUCAUGAAAAACCAAACAAACGAGCAAAACAAAACAAAACAAAAAAAUUAAGUCAAAUCUAAGGUUCUGGAUGGUUCCGAGGGAAGGAAGGGGGAUGUGAGAGUGGGCAACCGUCAUAAGCAAAGCCCUAAACUGAACAGGGGGGAGACUGAAGCCCGUGGAAAUAGAAGGUCCUUUCCAGAAAACACAGAGUGCCUUGGAGGAGGGGCGACCUGGAAAAUAAGCUACUUCCAAUCUCCGUGGGAGAUUGGAGCCAGACAAGAAUCAUGAGCUGGAAGUGGGCCCUUUAAAUCUAAGCUCCACCUUUGCUUAGAGUUGUCUGCAGGGGAGUAUUUAUAAGGGGGUGUGCCUCCUCUCUGCUCCACACAGGCCUGGUGCUCCUGCCCUCUGACCUCACAGCCCCUGGCCCCAAGUCCCUCCCUAGUACCCACAGCCACCAGCCACAUAGAGGUGUCAUGGAGCUACCGCCCUUUGACAUGUGGAGGGACUACUUUAACCUGAGCCAGGUGAUACUGACUAUAAUCCAGGGCCGGAGCCAAAGGCUGGUGGGUAAAGGGGCUGAAGUUCCCACCCCCAGACCCCAGAAGAGUGAACAGGAGCCGGGGGUCUCCGGGAGCCUGGCUACCCUGUGCAACUUCUGCAAACACAAUGGAGAGUCUCGUCACGUCUAUGCCUCACACCAGCUGAAGACAUUGGAAGGCGUGGUGGUGUGUCCCAUCCUGAGGCAUUACGUGUGCCCCCUGUGCGGGGCCACCGGGGACCAGGCUCACACGCUCAAGUACUGUCCACUCAACACCAACCAGCAGUCUCUCUACCGUCGUGGUGGGCGAAACUCCGCUGGACGCAAAGUCAAGCGAUAAGUAAGACCCACGAGGUGCCUAUCACCCACACCCCCAAACCCUCCUUGCUCUGGCCCUGGUACCCUCCUCCCCUCUGCUCACCCAGCCCUAUGGGGGUUCCUGGAUCCCACUCUUCUCUGUGCCUUCAGGAUCCUGAAACAUUGGCGGUUGCUGGCAGCCGGGUCCACCUGUUUCAGAGAUUCCUGACGCUGUGAGAGCUGUUCUCCAUGGACCCUGCAACUUGGUGGCUUCUUUUGGAUUGUGACAGCCUGCUGGUGAUACUAAGCUAGCCCUGUUGACUUCUCAGAUCCCCUGUAAAUAUCCCUUGGGGGAAACCCUUGGACUCUCCACCGUACAGAAUCCCAGCGUGCUCUGACAGGCUAGUCGUCAGAAUCUGGGGACAGUGCCAGAGAUUGGCCGGGACCUGAGAACUUGAUGUUGGUACUGACUGUGAGAUCAUCCGUCUUCACCUUCUUCAGCAUCUGCAGACUCAGGUUUCUCCAUGGACCAUUCAAGUUCCUUGAACAUGCCAUCCAGCAGGAACUGGAGGUAGGUCAGGACCGUCUUGGAAGGCUGCAGGGCCUUUGUAGCUUCACAGGCUGUCUCAAGGGAGCUGAAGCCCACAGCUCCCCCUACUUCAUUUCUA